UGAGGUGCCCAUCAUCUCGGCGCGGGCGUCGGUGAUGAUCUACGAUGACGCCAACAAGAAAUGGGUGCCCAGCGGCUCCACGCAGGGCCUCUCCAAGGUGCAGAUCUACCAGCACACCAGCAACAACACUUUCAGGGUGGUCGGCAGGAAGCUACAGGACCAUGAGGUGGUUAUAAACUGCGCUAUACUUAAAGGACUCAAGUAUAAUCAAGCCACUCCUACAUUCCACCAAUGGCGAGACAGUCGGCAAGUCUACGGUCUCAAUUUCGCCUCGAGGGAAGAUGCAGAGAACUUCUCACAAGCCAUGCUGACGGCGUUGGAAACUUUAAACAGUUUAUACCGUCAACCCCCACCCAUGGCUCCGCCCCCUCAACCACCUCAGCCCCAGCCUCAAGGAAACAUCUAUGCCCAGGCCCAUAAUGCCGUCAAUGGACCUUCAGAGCAGGAGGAUAGGAUGCAAAGGGACGAGCCGCCCACUCACAAGCGACAGAUGUCAGGGGGUGGAGGUAUGCGUGAAACGGAGGAGAUGCUGAUCCAGCUCCUCCUGGGCCCAGUUCCUCGCCCGAUGUACGUCGACCCUGGGAGAAAUCUGCGGGCAAUGGAGGAGCCAACAGGCCUAAGGAAUCCAUCACUGACCGGACAGGAAGCUGUGGCCCCGGUGAACGGCGGAGGAGCUCUCGGUGGGGACAUGGAGGCCCUCAAGCAGGAGAUCCUCACUGAGAUGAGAAGAGAGAUGAACAAGAUGAAGAGUGAAAUUAUUGACGUUCUUCCAGUUUACUUGAGCCGUGGGACAUCAGCUGAGCGCAGUCCCUUGACCUGCUACUCGUGUCACGAUGACCCAGACGACCCGGAGGACUGUCUGCUGCAGGAAGAAACCUGUGACCCGGGGGAGGAACUGAACUUGGGCCUCCUGUGUGCUACAGCAAAGGGCCUAACAGUUACUGCUACACCACAGCCAUUGGUCUUCGUGAAUAUCUGA